AUGUCUGAAACUCUUAAAGAACUAUUAUCGAGAAAGCGAGUUUUCAAAAUACAACUUACGAAGUUCAAACAAAAGGUCUCUGUAACAGAGUUUGAAAUUAGUGACUUUGAACUAUUAGAACGUAAACAUAAAGAUUUAGAAUUGGAAUUAAAGGAGUGUUUUAAAUCUAUUUACGUUGCAUGUAAUGAAGAUGCUACUGAGUCUUUUGAAAAAGAGCAAGAAGAAAUUAACGAUGUUUUAGAUGAAUUGGCAUACGAACUACAUCGAAAGCAUUCAAAAGCGAAAAGUGACUUGAAGGUAAAUUCGAGGGUUGAAUCGAACUCUAAUGCCGAGACAAAUGUUAAGUUACCUAAAAUGAACUUACCGCUGUUUUCAGGAAAUUUGCACGAGUGGCUUUCCUUUAAAGACAUAUUUCUAGCAAGCAUUCAUCAGAACAAAAAUUUAUCUGAUGCAAUGAAAUUACAGUAUUUAAAAUCAUCGUUAAAAGGCGAUGCUUUUCGGAUUGUUCAAUCGAUUUCAAUUGUAGAUAGUAAUUAUGCAGUAGCUUUGUCUCUGUUAGAAGAACGUUAUUCAAAUUCCCGGGAACAAGUUUAUGCUCAUCUAAAGCGCUUUUUUAGAAUUCCUGCAAUUCAAAAUGAAUCUGCCGCAGCAAUCUUAAAUUUAAUAGAUAUAAGCACUGAGUGUGUGAGGUCUUUAGAAAUGUUAGAUCAAAAGGUAGAUGGUUUUUCGUCUGUAAUUCUAACUUUUAUUUUAAGUCAAAAGUUAGAUUCAAACACUAAGCUAUGGUGGGAAAGGAAUCUGAAAAAAGAUAAUUUGCCGAAGGUAUCGGAAUUAUUAGACUUUUUGAAAGAUCAUGCGCGUACGUUAAAUGCUUCAAAAACAAAUGUAAAUGUUAAGCAAAACCAGGCUAAAACGGCCGCAAUGGUUUCCGGUGUAGUAGAUCAAGUUUUGCAAAAGUGCAUAAUUUGUGGUAAAGGGAAUCAUAACAUUUCCUCUUGCUAUCAAUUUCUUAAAUUAAGCGUAAGAGAUAGAGUAAAAGCUCUUAAGAAGCACAAUUUAUGUUUUCUGUGUUUUGAUAGAAAUCAUGCGUCAAGAAAUUUCGUUUCAAAAUCUAUGUGUAAUAUUUGCAAUAAAAAGCAUAAUACUUUUUUAUGUUUUGAUACAGGGAAAAAAUCUAAUUUGCUUACUGGUUCGCGAGGUCAGUUGAACGCAGUGGAAGUAAAUACUAACGAAAUUUCUCAGGGGGUCGUACUAGAAUCAAACAUAAAUCUUUUGAACGUAGAGGCGAGUCCGUUUGAACCAAUUAAUGACAAGCAAAGUUUUGCAGGGUAUUCCAACGAAUCGUUUCAAUCGAAGAGAGUUUUAUUAAGUACAGCGAUUGUUUAUAUCAAAAGUAAGGUUGGAAAUUUCUUUCCUGCUAAGUGUUUGUUAGAUUGUGGCUUGCAGAGCCAAUUUAUGAGUUGCGAAUUAGCGGACAAAUUAGAACUGAGAAAAGAAAAAGCAAAUGUUUCCGUAUCUUGUUUGACUGGGGUGUCAAUGAAUGUUAAAUUUAAAACGUCAGCUGUGAUUCGUAACAAGGGUGGAGGUUAUUCUCGGGUUUUGGAUUUUUUAAUUGUUCCGAAAAUAACUCAAAUUACUCCUGUUAGUCAUGUAACUAUCUCGGAGAUGGGAAUAUUUGAGAAUGUUAACUUAGCUGAUUCUGAGUUUAAUAGGCCAGGGAAAACUGAAUUGCUACUAGGAGCAGAAGUGUUCUUAGAGUUAUUAAGAUUUGGUCUAUUGCAUGUACCUAAUUCAAAUUUAGUAUUGCAAAAUACUGUGUUUGGCUUUAUUGUGGGUGGUAGUACUAAAGAUAAUUUCCAGCCUAAAGACUUGCAUUGCGGGUUAAUUAAUGAGGCCGAAUUAAGUAGGGAAAUUAAAAAAUUCUGGGAAAUAGAAAGUAUUGACGAAACAGAUCAAUUUACAAGUUCCGAAGAAAUUGAGUGCAAUGAGCAUUUCUUAAAAACUCACAAACGAGAUCAAUCGGGAAGGUUUGUAGUUCAAAUGCCUUUUAAACAGGAUCCGCGGUUAUUAGGAGAUUCGAAACAAAUAGCCAUAAAAAGGUUAAAUUCUUUAUGGAAUCGAUUGAACAAAAAUCCAAAGCUCGCAGAUUUGUAUUGUAAAUUUAUGACUGAGUACGAACGUUUGGGUCACAUGGAAAGAGUAAUGGAAACUAAAGACCCUGCUCCAUGUUAUUAUUUACCUCAUCGCGGUGUCUAUAGGCCUGAGAAAAACUCAACAAAACUUAGAGUAGUGUUUAAUGACUCGCAGAUAACUUCUACGGGGGAAUCGUUAAAUUCCUUGCAAAUGAAUGGCGGAGUUAUCCAAGAGGAUUUGUUUUCUAUAAUUUUAAGGUUCAGGACUCAUCGCUAUGCAUUUACUGCAGAUGUCCGAAUGAUGUGCAGAAUGAUUAAUGUGGAUGAAAGUCAACGUGACUUGCAAAGGAUUGUAUGGAAAAUUUCUAAAAGUGAAGAGGUCAAGACUUAUAGGUUAUGUACGGUAACAUAUGGUACAACAAGCGCACCAUACCUCGCCAUGAGAUGUCUCAAGCAGUUAAGUGUAGAUGGGGAACAGCAAUAUCCAAAAGCUUCAACCAUUGUGAAGUCAGACUUCUAUAUGGACGAUGUUCUGACCGGAGCGGCGGAUUUAGAGACUGCAUAG